CUCCACUUCACGACCAACGACAAUGGCAGAGCAGAAGAACGACAAGAAGCCCGAGGAGACACCUGCCGCCGCGCCGGCACAGGAGAAGAAGAAGCUGCCGCAGCUCGGCGCGCUGGAGGACGACGACGAGUUUGAGGACUUCCCCGCAUCCGAACAAACCACCACGGUCGCCGACACGCUCGCCACCGCCCCCGGCACCGAGCAGCUGUGGGAGGAUAACUGGGACGACGACGACGUCGAGGACGACUUCCAGAAGCAGCUCCGGCAGGCUAUUGCCGAGCGUGCGGGCGGGGGGGACGAGGCGAUGAAGGAGUAAGCGACGCGACGCGGCGCGCAGCGCUGCGUCGAGCGGGGUCCGGCUCGCUCGCUUUGACACCACGACGACCGACCGGCACGACGCCUCACGACGCCCCGCCCCGCCCCGCCCACCCGCGAUGAGACGAGAUAGAGAGCUUUACGCCAGCAGCAUGCACUUAUAGUGCGG